AUGAAUAAUUCGCACACAGAAUUUGUGUCAAACUGUAAUGUUCCACGCAUACUUUCGUACAAGGAAUUGAUGUAUAAGAUCAAGGGCAUAGAUAUAGGUAAUUUGUAUGACCUCAACGAACAGUUUUGUACCGGUCUAGGCAAUGAUGACAAUGUAGAAGGUAAGUACAGGGAUUUAACCGAGUUGCUUUUAAGGUUGGCCCAGUUUUACUUGAAAGUCAAUGAACACAGACUUGAUAAGCUUAUUUGGUAUAACAAUAAGCAAGCAGGUCACUUCAAUGUUGCCAUUGGGGGUGACGGUGCCCCCUUUGGUAAGGAUGACUCGGCAUUGGCUUGGUUGGUAAGUUUUCUUAAUUGCGGUCAUAGAAUUUCUAGCCGCAAUGAGAACUUUCUUCUUCUUGGGGCAAAUUGCUCAGAGGAUUGUGAAGCUAUUAGACGCUAUGUUCUAAAGCUAUCGCAAGACAUCAAAGAAAUCGAAAAGAAAACAUACUCGGUUUCGGUUGAUGGUCAAUUAUGGAAUGUAUCUUUCUCCUUUGACAUGUUUCCAAACGACACGAAAUACAUAGCUUUUCUUGCUGGAGAGCUUUCAAUUUCUGCAACAUAUUUCUCACCUUUCGCAAAUGUUAAAAAAGCUGACAUAUGUGAUACAAAAUCUACUUUCGGAGUUGAGCCUUCACAUAAGUGGAAGCCUUGGACCUAUCAAGCAAGGAUCAAGGUUGCAUCAGCUGUUGCAAAAAAGAAACAAGAACUUUCACAUUCCUCUCUGAAACUGACUACUUUUAGAAAUAAGGUAACAACAUUCAUUGCCAAGAAAGGGUCUCGAACAGAAUUUCCACCUCUGCUGGGUGAAGCGAUUGACCAAGUAAAGGCUGAACCACUCCACCUUAAGAAUAAUGCAUGGCAACAAUGGCAUGCAUUGAUUCUGAAAUAUGCCAUAGUUCGAACCAAUUUAAGUGGUUGUGAGAAUGUUAGUGAUACCUCUCUUUCAUGCUGCUUUAACCAGUACUAUGAAGCUCUGAAAUGUGUCUUAAAAGCCACAAGACUUCACAAAAAGGUCAGGAAGUGGUUUUGUGAUGGGCGCCUACAAAACAAAGAUUUUUCUUACAGAUUUACAGGUAAGGAAUCCAAAAUAAUGAGCAACAACUUCAUAAAACUCAUUAACUCUCUCAGUCUAAAUGAUGAUCAAUCUACUCAUUUAUUCAAAUUCCACAUAUUCGCAAUUAUUGCUGUUAACCUGAGGGAUGCUGUUUCUCUAUUCAGUAGAAUUAACGUUACUAAUGAAGAGGUUAUAUUGCUGAAAGAGGUAUCAGGUAAGUAUUUUACGGCUUGUGCAUUAUUUGCAUCUGUCACACCAACCACUUGGACCAUCGGUCAUGUUGUUACAACUCACACACACCAAGCUAAACAACGACUGGGCUAUGGGCUCG